AACUGGGGCUCCAACAAUGUCUACCCUUCUGCUGGUAGUGGUAGUUGUCGUAGUGGUUGCCUACAUUUUCCGUCAUGUGGUGGUAAAGGGAAAGCGGUGCAGAAGCAAAAGAAAGCUGCACGGCAAAACUGUUAUUGUGACCGGCAGCAACACAGGCAUUGGGAUAACUACAGCCAUAGAUCUGGCCAAAAGAGGAGCCAGAGUGAUUCUGGCCUGUCGCAGUAAGCAGAGAGGAGAGGCUGCCCUUGAGGAAGUCAUGAGGGAGAGUGGCAGUCAUCAGGUGGUGUUCAUGCCGUUGGAUCUGGGGAGUCUCAAGUCUGUUUGUAGCUUUGCUGAGACCUUCCUGAAGUCAGAACCCAGACUGGACAUCCUCAUCAACAAUGCAGGUGUUGUCCUACAGGGUCGAACAGAGGACGGACUGGGGUUGAUGUUUGGCGUCAACCACAUUGGUCACUUCCUAUUAACCAACCUGUUGCUGGAGCGGCUGAAGGAAUGUGGACCUAGCAGAGUGGUCAUCCUGUCAUCUGUGGCACAUCACUUUGGAAAAAUAGAUUUUGACUGCCUGAACACCCACAAAGCUCUGGGACUGGGGACCUCAUUCAUGGAGGUUUUGCAGAUCUACAGCAGUAGUAAGCUGUGCAAUGUCCUCUUCACCCAUGAGCUGGCCAAGAGACUGCAGGGAACCAAGGUCACCUGCUACUGCCUCCAUCCGGGAGUGAUCAACUCUGAGUUGGCAAGGAACACGGCUUCAGUAAUGCAAAUGAUCCUCAAGCCUGUGAACUUGUUUUUCUUCAAAAACACCGUUCAGGGAGCCCAGACCACCCUGCACUGUGCUCUUGAGGAGGGGAUCGAACCUCUCAGCGGACGUUACUUCUCCAACUGCACUGUGAGAGAAGUCUAUGCUAAAGCCAAGGAUGACGCUGCAGCAAAGAAGCUGUGGGAGCUCAGUGAGAGACUCUCUGGUCUUGCAUAA